AUGGAUGGACAAGAGAACGGCGGUCCCGUCGCAGGCGCAACAUUCUUGUCACUGAGCGAGCUGCCUGCAGACGGGGAAUUUGAGGCGCUUGAACGGUAUGAAGAAGCCAAGGCGAUAGCUUUGGCCGCCAGCUCUGAGCUCUUCGACAAGCUCACCGGUGCAGUCCAGAUCCCACCCACUACCUGGCCCAUGGGGGAACCGACUUACGCCGCGUUCAGCGAGAUCAUCACGGGAUCGAGAGACGCUUCAGCCUACGAGAAUUACCAACUUGGUCGACUGCUGCGCGAUAUCCCGUUGAACAUGCCUACUGGGUCAGGGCUGGAAAGCUUGACGAACGAGACCAUCUGCGUGCUUGCCUACCCGGAUGGUACGGUUGAACGCCGAAGCGGGGAUGGCGGCGUUCUGAGAGAUAAGUGGAAUGUCGACGCUGGCGGUGACCAAAGUCGAUCGGUCACCCGUCAAUGGGGCCACGCAGAGUCCGAAGGGCGGACCAAGCCCAACCGCGUCGGGAGAGGGCCUUACCUGGGGGGUUGGCAUAAGCAUCAGUCGGACGACCCCGAACAACGGGUAUCCAGCAACUGGGCCAUAUCACACGCCAAGCAGGACCAUCGAGAUCUCAUCGAGGUGCAGCACAGGCUUGCGCAGGAUCCCGAGGAUCAUGAAGGAGGACGUAUGCCCAUGAAAGCAUUCUACUACUUCGAGGAAGGGCAGAUUCCUGUCACGGAAGCGACCGACGAGGAGACGUUUGACGAAUACGAGGAGAGGAGAGGACCUCGCGCGAGAGGGCAGAGCGGGGCUCAUUUGGGCAGCAGCUUGUCAACGCGAGCAGCGAAUACCUGA